AUGUCUUCAGAGGAUGGCAAUAGAAGAAUUAGCCAUUAUAUAAUUCAUACCAUGCAUUACAUAGUUAAAUUAUGUUUAAGAAUAUUUUCAAGAAUUUUAAGAAUUACUUUAAUGGAGUUGUGUUGGAGUUUUGUAGUAUCAAUUAUAAUAUUCAUAGUAUGGACAUGGAAAUGUGAAGUUGUGAAAGACAAUACUCAAAAUCCUGUGAUAUUGUGGUGGACUUCGGGAUUUCCUGGUACGUCAGAGACGAUACAUUGCCCAAACCAAAUAAAAUGUGAUGUUUUUAGCAACCAAAAUAUAAGCAAUCUCCAUGAUGUUGAGGCAUAUUUGUUCUAUGCAAGUGGUAUUAACUUUGAUGAUUUACCUCUGCCCCGUCGUCCUAAGGAAGUGAUUUGGGGUUUAUACCACGAAGAGUCGCCAAGAAAUGUGGAAGAAAUGAUGCAUGAAGAAAUAUUGAGCUUAUUUAAUUUCUCAUCAACAUUUAGUCGGUACAGUGAUGUUCCAUUUCCUUUGCAGUAUUUAAAUGCAAUAGAUGACAUAACAAGCUUAAAAUAUUUUGUAUCAACAACCGAGAAAAAUAAACACUUAAAAACCAUUUCACCUGUAAUGUAUCUUCAAACAGACUGUGAAACAUCAACUGAACGAGAUGCAUAUGUUAAAGAGUUGAUGAAAUUAACAAAUAUUGAUUCUUAUGGUGCUUGUUUAAAUAAUAAAGAAAUGCCAGCUAAAUUCACAGAAGACUAUUUAAAUAAUUUGAAUGACGACGAGUUUCUGCACUACAUAGCUAAGUAUAAAUUUGUGAUUGCAAUAGAAAAUGGUGCUUGUGAAGAUUAUGUCACAGAAAAAUUUUGGAGAGCUAUCAAAAUUGGUUCAGUCCCCAUUUAUUUCGGUUCACCCACAAUAAGAGAUUGGUUGCCUAAUAAGAAGUCAGCUAUACUGUUAGAAGAUUUUCCAACCACAAAAAGAAUGAAUGAUCAUAUAACUACAUUGAUGAAUAAUGAUAGUCUAUAUGAGACAUACCUUGAACAUAAAACCAAGGCACUAAUAACAAAUCAUAAUCUUUUGGAAGAAAUUAGGUUAAGACCUUAUCAAGUUGAUCCCUUAAAAGUAGCGCAAAAUUUUGAAUGUUUUAUAUGCAAGAAACUACAUCAAAAAAGAAAAGGCAUAAUAAAAGAAAGCAUAGUGAAUAAAAACCAUUACAACUGCCCAAAACCAAUAUCAGCUCUCACUUUAGAGGUGAAUCCUUCAAAUUCAUGGGUGCAUUCAUUUGAGACUGCAAAACGUAAUGUAGGUAGGAUACAUAAAGAGGUAAUAACUACUAGCUGA